CCGGCGAAGCAGAGGCUCUGACGCGGCCGCCGGGCCCCGGGGCUGGAUACAUUGUCGCGCCGAGCUUCCCCCGGGCCGGCCCCCAGCCGUCCCAGCGCGGCUUCCCGCAGCGCCAGGCCCCCCGGGGGGCAGGCGCGAGCCCGCCCGUCCCGACCUACUGACUGACGGACCGAUCCACCGAAGCCGCCGACGGGCCGAGCCUGGAGCCGGGGCUGAGCUGGUUUGGGGAAGCCGGCUCUGCCGCCGCUGGGGAGCAAACUUCCCAGCCGGGCCAGAGCUGGCUGGGGCCCCGUCCAGGGCCGGAGGAGGAGACGGCCGCGAGUCCUCCUCCUCCUGCUCCUGCUGCCCGGUCUCCCGGCACCAUGCUGUCUAACUCGCCGGGCCAGACCCCGCCCGUGCUGUUCCCCAGCCCACCGCCGCCACCCCCGCCCCAGCAGCCCCAGCCCCCCUCCCAGCCCCAGCCCCAGCCCCCGCCGCAGCCGCCGCCACCCCUUCAGCCCCCCCAGCAGUUCCCCCAGUUCUAUGUCAAGUCGAGCUUGCAGAUAAAAAAGAAUGCCAUCACGGAUAACUACAAGGUCACCAGCCAGGUCCUGGGGCUUGGCAUCAACGGGAAAGUUUUGCAGAUCUUCAACAAGAAGACCGGGGAGAAAUUCGCCCUCAAAAUGCUUCAGGAUUGCCCCAAGGCCCGAAGAGAGGUGGAUCUGCAUUGGAGAGCCUCUCAGUGCCCACACAUUGUCAAGAUUGUGGAUGUCUAUGAGAACUUAUAUGCUGGAAGGAAAUGUCUCCUGAUUAUCAUGGAAUGCAUGGAUGGUGGGGAGCUCUUCAGUCGCAUCCAAGACCGGGGAGACCAGGCCUUCACAGAGAGAGAGGCUUCAGACAUCAUGAAGAGCAUUGGUGAAGCAAUUCAGUACUUACAUUCAAUCAACAUUGCACACAGGGAUGUCAAGCCUGAGAAUCUCUUAUACUCCUCCAAACGGCCCAAUGCUAUUCUGAAGCUCACUGAUUUUGGCUUUGCCAAGGAAACUACCAGCCAUAAUUCCCUCACUACCCCUUGCUACACACCAUAUUAUGUGGCUCCAGAGGUCCUGGGCCCUGAGAAAUAUGAUAAAUCCUGUGACAUGUGGUCUUUGGGUGUCAUCAUGUAUAUCCUCCUGUGUGGUUAUCCUCCAUUCUAUUCCAAUCAUGGCCUUGCCAUCUCUCCUGGCAUGAAGACACGAAUCCGAAUGGGCCAGUAUGAGUUUCCCAAUCCAGAGUGGUCAGAGGUAUCAGAGGAAGUGAAAAUGCUUAUCCGGAAUCUGCUAAAGACAGAACCAACUCAAAGAAUGACCAUCACAGAAUUUAUGAAUCACCCUUGGAUUAUGCAAUCAAUGCAGGUCCCUCAGACUCCACUGCACACAAGCAGAGUCUUGAAGGAAGACAAGGAGAGAUGGGAGGAUGUGAAGGAAGAGAUGACCAGUGCCUUGGCCACCAUGCGUGUUGACUAUGAACAAAUCAAGAUUAAGAAGAUUGAGGAUGCUACCAACCCUCUGCUCCUGAAGAGGCGGAAGAAAGCCCGGGCUUUGGAGGCAGCUGCCCUUGCUCACUGAGCCACUCUCAAGCCCUCCUCCUACCCUGAUGGAGGGAAAGCAAUAACUCUUUAAGUAUAUUUUUUAAAAGCAGAGACACAGAACUGUCCUCCCCAGCUCCUGCGUGCAUGGAGCCCAGAAGCUUGUCAGCAGAUGAAUUCUGGUCCUUUAACUGCCACCUUCCCUGGAGCUCCUGGAUAUGGCCUGGGAGCACCUGACUCCUGGGAGGGUGGGAGGGUGAGGACAAGGGGACAAGUUGUUCUCGAGAUCUUCCUCAUUGUGCAGUUUUUCUUGGCUAAUUUGGCCUUGAAUUUUUAUAAAAUUUCUAUUUUUUUUCUCCUCUUUCCCCACUUUUCCCUCCCAAGUCACAGGAUGAUAUUUUUUUUUAAAAAAGGUAUUUUGGGGAGCUGCUUUAGGGAGGUGACUCACUCAGUGUUUGUUAUCUUGUUCCCUCUGCUCCCCCUUGACCCUAGUCUGAGCUUCAGUGGACUUGGGGGCCAUGGGGUCGGGAACUGAGCCCUGUAGAGGCCAGGGCUUUGAUGGUGUGGAUCUGGGGGGGCUUAGCCUCAGGCCUGGGGGGCCUUAGCUCGGAGGCCUUGGGCAGCUGGAGCUGUGGCCACGGGGCCGACACGCAGGGCUGGCUGUGUGAGUCAGCUGCUGGGCCGGUGGCGGGCAGGCAGGGGGCUUUCCGCUUUGGAUCUGACCCAGCGCAGUGUAAAGUCCACAUAUCUGUCCGCACGGGAAGCUGGCUGAGACUGAAAUGGCUCAUGGUCCUUCUCUCUGGCAGGCAGGGCUCUGAGGGCAGGGGCAAGGGCUCCUCUGAUACUGGCACUGAGACAGAAGGGAUGGGAGCCUUCCUCUUCCUCCUCCUCCGCCCCUCUAGUGCCGCAUUGCCGAGUCUUCCCUUCCCUCCUCCUCAGCCAAUGGCAAGGCAGGACUAUCUGGGGAGGAGGGAUGGCCCUAGGAUUCAGGAUGAUCCCUCUCCUCUCCUCCCCAGGGGUAUACAGAGGGCCAGGGAGUGGGGAGCCCGGUGUCCGGGCCCGGGGUUUUUUUUGCACAUCUCCCUCCAUCUCCUGCCCUCAUUUUCUGCCCCCCCCCCUUUCCGGAGCCAGUCUGAGCCCCCAGGAUCUGCUACCCUGAGGUGGGAGCAGACAGAGAGCCCGCUCUGGGAGACGAGGCCCUCUGGGCCUCUGCAUUGAGGGCCAGCCAACUUAUCAUACCCCUUUGCCUCUCUCCCUUAUUUUAAAGCUAGUCUGGUUUUAUAUUUCCUUGGUUUUAGCUUUUCCCCCUUUUCGUUCUUGGGCCGUCUUCUGGCUUCCCGCUCCCCUCUAGGAACGGGCCUGGGCUCUCUGUAGCCGGAACACAAAGAUCUCCGUUCUGCUCUGCCCGCUCUGGCCGCGGGAGCCCUUCGCCUUUCCCCGCCAGAGGCUUGCUUUCUCUGGGCCUCUCUCUCUGCUCUCCAUUUGAGAGACCCGGAGGACAGAGAAGAAGCCUUUUCACCAAAGAUGCCCCGUCUCUCCGCGCUCCUCCACUGAUGGCUCUCCGCCUGGGGAGGGAGACCCGGCCUCCUCCCCUCCCCCCCCCAGCAUUAGGUAGGAGCGGAGCGGGGGAGGCCCGCGUCUGAGGCCUUCUACUCCCACACUUCAGGGCGGGCCGGGGGAGGGUCGGGGCUCGCUCUUCAUCUCCCCUCCCUCCCCCCCGCGGUGUGUCUGGCCCUCAAAUGAUUGUUAACUUGUUGUUUUGUAUGAUCAAAACUGUCUUUACUAAACAGAUUUAAUAGUU